AGACUGUCAGACCUGGGGCAGCUCCUGGAGUCCGGAGGCUGAGGUUUGUGUUCGGACAUUUCUGGGAAAAGCUCCAGCGCUGACUUUUGCCAAAGAGGAGAACCUGAAGAAGAAGCUGCUGCUGCUGCUCAGAUUCUGCUCAGGUUUCCAGUCUGACUCACAUUCCAGGAGUUUUCCUCCUCUCUUUCUUCUUCUUCGUGCGCGCUCUCAGUUUUUUGGGGAAUAAAAAAUCUCUGAGGAUUAUCUGGUUCCUGGAGUUGUGGAGUUGUGGAGAUGUGACGUGGUGCAGAACCUUCACAGAGGAUCUUCAGUCUCCUGGGAUUUAACAUGAAAACGUUUCUUCUGAUGAGAUGAAGUUCUGGAUCUAACGAGUUUUUUCACGCACAGACUUUGGUGAAGAGAAUUCUCUGAGCAGGAGAAAAUGCUCUGAAGCUUCAUCCUCAUCUGGAAUUAACUGAUCGAUUGAUUGAGCGCAAAUGCGCUAAGGACGCGCUGGGGUCUCGGAUCCUCUGGAUCUUCUCUGUCCUGUCCUCAGUGAGUCUCAGCUCUGUUCUCUCAGCAGAAUGAAGGCGUGUGUUGUGUGUGUGGUCUUCAUAUGUGUCCUGACCUGGACGGGGGACGCGGACAGACGGGUGCGACUGCACCGACGCGCACGGCUGGGACUUUUGGACAAAGAGCGCAUCUCAGGACGCGUGCGCGCCGGGUUUAGUUCCGCCAUCGCGGUGCACAGUCCCGGCAGGGACGUUGAUGUGCAGGCUGAUGAGAGUGUUCCAGUUCUGCAGGUCAGGAGUACAAGGGGUCAGGGCCUGGUGCCAAGGAGAGGGGUGGCCAGACAAUCUGGUUUCCCCGUGCAGCAGGAUGAGGGAACUCCAGCAGGACCCAGAGCCAGGGUGAGCCGGAUGCCCAGCAGUGCCGGGUCACCAAACCUGCUGGCCAGUUUUGCAGGCAAGAACCGGGUGUUGGUGAUCUCAGCUCCUCACGACUCGGACGGGUACUACCGCCUCAUGAUGACUCUCCUGAAACCGGACGUGUACUGUGAGCUCGCCGAGAGACACGUCCACCAGAUUGUGAUGUUUCACCAGGAGGGCGAGAUGGGAGGGAAGGUGAGGAGGAUCACCACAGAGGGAAAGGUGAUGGAGGAGCCACUGGACACGGCACUCAUCCCCAGACUCAUGAGCUUCCUCAAGAUGGAGAAAGGGAAGUUUGGGAUGGUGCUGCUGAGGAAGACCCUGCAGGUGGAGGAGAGGUAUCCCUACCCCGUGAGGCUGGAGGCCGUGUACGAGGUCAUCGAUCAGUCGCCCAUGAGGAAGCUGGAGAAGCUGCGGCAGAAGGGCUUCGUCCAGAAGUGCAAAGGAGCAGGAGUGGAAGGUCAAGUGGAGGAGGGAACACUAGCAGAAACACCUUUACAACGAAAACCAGGGAAGAAGAUCCUGAGAAAGCCCACACCAUCAACAACAACAACCACCACUACAACUGCUACCACCACAACAACUACACGUCCAACCACCACAACCCGGCCCACCACCACAACCACAACCAGAGCUACAACAACAACAACCAGAGCUACAACAACAACAACCAGAGCUACGACAACAACAACAACCAGAGCUACGACAACCACCACCAAACCCACCACUACCAGAAGAACCACCACUACCACGACAAGAAGACCCACCACCACGACCACCACCCAGAGACCAACCAGAGCCCACACCACAGCCGCGUGGCUCCCAGUCCCCAGAACCACCGUGGAUCAGUACUACGACAGCCACAGAGAGAGGGAGCGGUACCCGGCCAGAACCACCCCGGCUGGAGACAACCGCACCAACAAGGAAAUCAGCCGCAAGCUAGUUCCUGCUAAACCUUCCAAGAUCAAACCAACCAAGAAGAAGAACGGAGGAGAGAAGGUGUUGAAUAACGAGCACGAGGACCGGUACGAGCCGAGCAAGCCAACGGUGAGCGAUCCUGAGGAGGCGGAGACCGCCCCUCCCGACGCCAGUCCCACCAAGAAGGUCAAGGUCAAACAGAACAAGCUGGACAAGAAGAAGAAGAAGGCGGACAAGGCUGUGAAGAAGGGAGAGAGGAGAGGGAAGGCGGGGAAGGAAGGAAAGAUCGGAGCCAAGAAAAAUGUCAAGAAGCCGCUGAAGUAUCCAGAACCAGAGGAGCUCCCGAAACCCACGAAGAGGCCGACGACGCCUCCUCCUCCGAAAGGAUCCCUGGAAUCUUUCCUGGAUUAUUUUGAGAACAGGAGGCGGCUGCUGCUGGUGACGUCUCCCAGUGAGGACGACAGGAUGUACGCUCAGCAGAAAGACGAGUAUCUGGAGUCUGUGUGUGAGAUGGCCAUCAGGAAGGUGUCCAUCAUCACCAUCUUUGGUUCCCUCACCAACUCCACCAUGAAGAUCGACCACUACCAGCUGGAGAAGGACAAAGCGAUGAAGGGUCUGCGGCAGGAGGACCUGGUGAACCAGGACCUGAUCACAGAGCUGAGGAAAGAGUUCAGUAUGACACACGACGACUUCUACAUGGUCCUCACUGACACCGACAUGAAUGUCAAGCAAUCCUACGAAGUCCCGAUCGCGAUGAAGGCCGUGUUUGACUACGUGGACACGUUCUCGUCUCGGAUAGGAGAGAUGGAGCAGCAGAAGCGAGACGGCGUCGUCUGUAAGAAGGAGGACAAACCCAGAUCUCUGGAGAACUUCCUGUCCAGGUCAGAUGAGGGGGGCGGGGCCAAAUGAGCUUCUGUUGCUUGUUUGAAGUUCAGAGUUUUUAGUUCUGAUGUAAAUGAAACGCAGAAAAAGAUUGAAGUCGUUUAAAGAGACGUAAAAACAAUCUUAUCGGAUUGAUGACGGUUUAUAUGGUAGAUACUAGAGACACCACGAUAUGAUAUUAUCACGAUAUUCAAGUCACAAUACGAUACUGUCAUGA